AUGAAAGAUGGGCCGCUGACGACUCCAGACGCGAAUGGCGCGGCCCAACAGGAGAGGGAACAGCAGCAGCAGCGGCCUCGCUUCUUCCUUGGGGACGCCGCGUUCAGUGUGUAUGAGGAGAUGGCGGUGCAGCUGCGCCAGCUGGGGUGGAGCGAGACGAAAUCCACGGCGCUGGUGGUGAAGUGCGAUCUCGUGUUGGGUGACCGCUUCACGAUACCGUACUCGCUGCUGAGGUGCGAGCGGCUUCUGCCGACUUCGCACUACGGCGGCUACCGCUGGCUCAAUUACUUCCGCGGGUCUCACCGUCUCACCCUCAAGGCAUCGAUGGCGCGGCUACUGCAGGCCGCUGACGCCACCUGUGACGAGUGGAUGCCGCGCUCCUUCGUGCUGGGCGGUGAUCAGCGCAAGCGGGAGGACGACAGGGAGGCAUUCCUGCAGUGGGCAGAGACCCACCCGGAGGAGAUGUGGAUCAUCAAGCCUAGCAGUGGUAGCAAAGGGAAGGACAUCGUGCUCACGCGUCGGCUUGCGGAGCUGCAGGCAUUCGUCGAGUCCCGGGAGCCGAGCAGCCGCAGCAUAUUUGUGGCUCAGAAGUACGUGGAGCGGCCGCUGUUGUUGCGCGGCCGCAAGUUCGACAUCCGCGUGUGGGCGCUGCUGAGGACGCCGUACGACGUGUACGCCUUCACACAGGGAAGCUGCCGCACAUCGAGCGUGCUGUACGACCCUGACAACGCCGGCAACACGCUCGCGCACCUCACCAAUCACUGCCUGCAGGAGUCCGCUGCACAGUUUGGGCAGUACGAGGAGGGCAACGAGUUGUGGCUUCCGCAGCUUGGCGAGUACCUGCGUGAUGUGUACCACGACGACAUUCUCGAGAAGCGUAUUCUGCCGCAGGUGUCGAACAUCAUCGUGCGCACGCUGCUGGCGAUGAAGGCGGAGAUGGAGGUGCUGCCCGACGAGCCGUACAAGUGCUUCCAGCUCUUCGGCUACGACUUUAUCAUUGACGAGCAGCUCAACGUGUAUCUGCUGGAGAUCAACGGCUCCCCCGGGGUUGCGGCUGCUUACCUGCAGUCGGUGGUGCGCGAGACACUCGCGCUUGUGGACGACGGCGGCGGCGGCGGCGCCGCACUUCAGCGGUGGGACCUUAGCGUCGCGCAGUUCGUGAAGUUGUGGGGCGACGGUGACGCGCUGCCCGACGGCGCCGCGCGGCUCUGA